GUGUAAUAAUACCAUCCUUUUAUAUUUUAAAACAAGUCCCUCUCUACUUAAAUUGUCGGUGAAUCCCGCUGCGCUGUUUCGCUGUGCAGCUCUAGAAAAGUUUUACAUAAAGUCCAAACUUUCCAUCAGCGUGAGGCAGAGGACAUUUUCAUAAUUUCUUUUUAAAAACAACAGCAAUAUAAAACAGUUGAAGGCUCGAUCUCCUCCAGCAACAACAUGAAUGAAUCAGCAACCAUAAAACCGAUCAUAUUACCUUUUUUUUUUUUUUUUUUUUUUUACUUUAUUGACAAAUUAAGAAGUGCUUUAACUGCUUAUGUAGUUGCACUUGAGUUGGAUUAAUGUAAUGCAGCAAAAGAUUUUAAUGUCCUUCACCACAGUGUAGAAAUCCACAGGCAGCCUGGUAAGUGAAGGCACAGUGGCGCCACCUGGUGUCGUGAAACCGGAACUGUCCGGUUGAUCCGGUCUUCGUCAGCCAACCAGGAAAGAGGGCUUGACGUGAUCUGGACUGAGGCGGAUGGGACCAGAAACCUUUGUUCUGUCCCUGCUCCCGAUGCGAGAAUUUUAAAAUAAAGGGGGCAAAAAAAGAAAACAGGAGCCGGUUCAUGCCUCCUUCAGCACCGCGCUUGCAUCGUGAGGGCAGGCGAUCGCCGAUGGACGCUUUAUUAAUCAGAAAAUAGCGGUAUUUAUUUAUUCGGCUCUCUCGAUCGGUUCCCUGGUCGCUACAGCCCGAGGGGGGGAGACAUCUGGACGGUGCUUUUUUUUCCCCCCUCUCUCUCUGUCAGCUGCUAAAUGGAAAUAAAAUACGGGAUUGAAAGCGGAAGCAGUCGAGGUAAUGAUCUUCCAGUCCGCUAUCUGCGCCUCCUGGCCCCGCCCUUGCAGCUCUUAUCAGCUGCAGUGUGGCAAGUAGUGCAGCAGGGACUCGUGGACCACUAUGGGAUGCUGGAGGAGUUUGUUACCAUGGUGACAGAGCUGGUCCCAGAGCUGAUGAGCUACAGUCAGAGGGCUCAGCUCAUCCUGGGACUCAGGGCCCGGCUGGUUCUGGAGAUGUGUCGAGGCGAGCACCCAGCGGACAUGCAGACCAUUCAGCCACAUCUGGACAGAAUUAAAGCCCCUGUCAGCACUGCCAAGGAUCACCACGUGACCAUCGACCAGGUGGAGGAAUCUGAGGUGAACUUUGUGGAGUUGGUGCAUUCUUUGCUGGAGGAUCCGUCUGAAAGAAAAUACUUCUUCCAGGAAAUCUUCCCUGUGUACUUUGGCUCAAAGUACGAUGCAGCGCUUGAGAUGCUGGUGUGGGAGUUCAUAUCAAGGCUGGAGGAGCUGCUGCCAGUUCCAGACUUCACACAGUUGGCAGCUUUGCUCGGAGACGCUCCGUCAUUCCUGGACGACUGUUUACAAUCAUUUUUCCCCCCAGAGGACAUGAAGGCUGUACUUGAACACCACAGAAACCUCGGACACUUUGAGGAGAAAGAUCCUCGAUUAUUACCAAUGGAUGACUGCAUCCUCUCCUCCCUGUCUCUACCUCCUGGCACCAAACCCGUCAUGAAUGCCACCUCCUGCUCACCUGCAGGCGAACGCGUCGAUGCUUCCUUCAACACGAGUAGGAGGAGCUCAGAGGCAGCGGGACAAAGACUGAAGGAGACGAGAGACUCCUGGCAGCUGCAGGUUAGAGGUGGGAACAUUUCUCAGGAGAGGAAAGCACCAAGCGCUAUUAGUGCACGGCCAUGUGAUGAAACCAUAGACCUCACUGCAUCUAAUGAGACUGCGGACACAGAUUCAACAGCUGAUGACAACAGCCAAAGUGUGACUGGAGUGCGGGUUCUCAGGAAGAGGAAGCUGAGCGGCGGUGUGGAGGUUCCCUCUAAACAGCCUGCGGAGGCCGCACCUUUCUUGGAUUCAUCAGUGGACGGUGAGAAUUCAGGUGAAUCUCCUCUAAUCUCGAUAUGGGGAGAAUAUACAGACUCUCAGGAACGCUCUUUCCCAGCUGUAACGGACACAAAAGUUCCCUGGUCGGACGAGGAGACGCUCAAUCUGCUCGACAUAUGGGGGAAGGACUCGGUGCAGCGGGCUUUGAAGGGCUGCUUGAAGAACCGUCACAUAUUCACGCAGAUUGCACAGAAGAUGGCAGAGAGAGGCUACAUGAGAACAGUGGAACAGUGCCAGACCAGGAUCAAACGACUGAAGAAGUGCUUCCGCCAGAACAUCAGAGGGAACUCCAGGAUGGAGUGUAAAUUCUACGAGCAGCUGCAGCGAGUACUCGGCUCCUCGGCUUCCUCAGUCCUUCCUGAGAUCACCUAUGAUGUUGAAGAGAUCAUCGAUGAGGACGAGUCCCAAGACGGAGACGAGGACUUGCAGUUUGUCGGCCAAACGAGCCGACUGGAAAUCGGAACUAAAAGUGUUCCAUGGACAGACUUUGAGACGUUGGCCCUCAUCAACACGUGGGGAGAAGACAAGAUGCAGCAUGAGGUACGAGGCGUGCACAGAACCGGACACGUUUUCUCCACCAUAUCCAGCAAGAUGGCCGCCCAGGGCUUCUCCCGAACACCAGAGCAGUGCCAAACAAGGCUGAAAAGGGUGAAAUCGAGUUUCAGGCAAUGCUACGAGAACAACAUGAAGGGACUGGAGCAAGUUGAGUGCAAGUUUUACAAUGAACUGGGAAGAAUUCUGGUGAAGGACUUCCCUUCAGUGUCGCAGCUGGAUGAACCACCAGGAGAUCCUGAAGACAGCGACUUCACUUCCUUCUCCCAUCAGGAUAUGGAGUCUGCUGCGGGCGUUCAGGAGGAGAGGAAGAAAGUUCCCUGGUCGGACAAAGAGACCAUCAUCCUCCUGGAGAUCUGGGGAGACCCGCAGGUCCAGCAUGGUAUGAGGCGUUACCCACACAACGGUCACAUUUUCACAGAAAUAUCAGAAAAGCUCAGUGCCAACGGCUUCUCCCGCAGCCCCGAUCAGUGCCACACCAGGAUCAAACGGCUGAAAGCCAGCUAUCGGCAGUGUCAGGAAAACAUGAGCUCCUCUGGGACUGACAGAGUGGACUUUAAAUUCUACGACCUGCUGGAACAAAUCCUGGACAAGCAGCCGUCAACGUCCUCCACCGUGGUGACGGACUCCAUCGAGAUAUCAGAAGACUCCAAUGGUGAAUCAGUGCCUGAAACAGAUGGAGAAGUCGGCAUGACGACAGAAAAAACGGGGCCGAGCUCAUGGUCAGAUGAGGAGACCUUCGCGCUCAUCGAGAUUUGGGGCGACGAAGACGUCCAGAGGGCGCUGAGGGGUUUCGUCCACAACGGACACGUUUACGCAGAGAUUUCGGAGAGAAUGCAAGACCUCGGCUACUCGAAAACCUCGGAGCAGUGCCGCUGGAAGGUCAAGUCGCUGAGGAACAACUUUCGACAGUGCUACGACAAGAAGAAAUGUGGAAGAAGAGUAGAUUAUAGAUUCUACAAGCAGCUGGAACAAAUACUUGGACAUGAGGCAGUUUCUGUUGAUGAGUAUGAUGAAAAAGAUGAACAGGCAGACCCAGAUCCAGGUGCAGAGGGUGUGAACGCAGCAUGGACGGAGCAGGAGACGGUGGCUCUCGUUGAGGUGUGGGCGGCAGACGACAUGCAGCACAGCCUGAAAACCUGCAUCCGCAACAGCCACAUAUUCGCCGAGAUAUCGGAGAAGAUGGCCUCCAUUGGAUACCUGAGGACGGCGGAGCAGUGCCACAACCGGAUCAAAAGGCUGAAGAAGACUUACAGGCGUUACUGCAACAACCGGAGAAGCGGAGGGCGGACCGCGGUGUACAGAUACUUCGACCUCCUGGCUCCGGUGCUCGGUGACAAUUCCGCGUACCCUGAUGUGGACAUUAGUGCUGCAGAGGCCACCGUGCAACCUCUCAUGGGCAAUGAUCCUGACAUGUACGAGCAGCCCUCAGCCAGCCACCUCCUGGCUGAAAUGAGCAGAAAGAUGCCCUGGUCAGACCAGGAGACUCGCACCCUGCUGGAGGUCUGGGGGGAGGACAGCGUCCAGCUCAGCCUGAGGGGCUGCCUGAAGAACCGCCACGUGUUUGAGUACAUCUCUGAGAAGAUGAAUGACCGAGGGUUCAUAAGGACCACGGAGCAGUGCUACUCCCGCAUCAAGCGCCUUAAAUACGGCUUCCUCCACGAAAAGGAGGAUUUUAAAUUUUACAGCGAGAUGGAUGAAAUCUUCAGGAAGGAGCUGAAAGCUGACAAACCCACCCCGGACACGUCGGUUACCGAUGAGCCUGAUGACUACACACUAGUGCCUGCUCAAAACAAAGUUGCUUCAGGUACGCAGUGGGCGGCUGACAGCACUAAGCAGACCUGGGGCGACGGGGAGACAGAGGCCCUCUUGGCCAUAUGGGGGAGCGAGGAGAUCCAGGAGAACUUAAAGAGCUGCACCAAGAACAGACACAUCUACAUCCAGAUCUCUGAGGUCAUGGCCAACCAGGGCUACCUGCGCACUCCUGAACAGUGUCAGACCAGGAUAAAGAGGCUGAGGGCCAACUUCCGACACUUCCUCGAGGGCAGAAAAGGAGACAAACAGGAAUGCAAGUUCUUCGACCAGUUGGUGCAAGUAUUUGGCAGCAAGUAUGUGAUAAACUCGGACCCCCUGGCUGACGAUGUAGCCGAUGGCCUAGAGACCUGAAACUGUCCAUCAUCUCCAGAGUGAAGUCACGAGGACACAGCAGCUGCAGACCGAUGGAGGAACGUCCACAAGUCGAUGUAACUGUUACAUUAGCAGCGGUGGAGCGCAGUAACUUACAGCUGACAGAAGAGGACCUCUCCAGGCUCGCUCAAAUCUUUGCCUCUGUACAUACUUCAAAUACUUCUACAUUCUUCAUAUACGCAGACCGAAUUGGCGGCUGUAGUGGUGUGUGUGUGGGUGUGUGUAUGUGUGUGUUUCAUCCCUCCACCAGAGUGUCUUUGUGAUUAUUUACAAUAGAGCCAUGAGACUAAAAACCAGGACGCUCAGGGCCCGAAGGACAAACAUGGAUCUCUGAUCUUGACCUGGUGGGAGUCGCACAAAACACUGUUCUCCUCCAGGAAACAUGGGUUUUUUUAACGUGUAUUUAAUUAUUUUCUACUUGAACUAAAACAGCGAUUCAAAGCACAUGCAAAAAAAAAAAAAAAAAAGAGAAAUACACGCAAGGCCUCUAUUACUGUAACCACAGCACACGUUUGCUUUUUUCGUCUUAACUCUCGCUUGUUAAAGCUUUCUGGUUGUAUGCUCGUUUGAGACGUAUGAAAUCUGAGUUGUGAACAUUCUACUGAAAAGGAUUAUUCUUAUUUUUUACACUGAAUGAUUGGAUCUCUUCCGGAAUUCUAUUUAUUUAAGUUAUUGUUUACACAUGUAUUUAACAAUUUGCUUUAAAAGCACAUUUUUUUUCCCCCACAAAGAUGUUGAGGACUUGUCACACCCAUUAAAAGAAACUUGAUAUGUGCGAUUCAUAAUUAA